AUGACAACAGGACGAGUCAUAAUUAUUUUACGUGCAUAUUAAUAAACCAACAACUAAUUGAAAAUGAUCCGAGGUUUAGUGAUUUUAACUCUUAUUGCUACCGCUUUUGCUGGUGACAUAGACUUCAAGAACUGUGGUGAUGGAAUAAAUCCUCCAACAAGCUUUGAUGUAGCUGGAUGUGAUAAAGCUCCGUGUGUAGUGCAAAGAGGAAAAAAAUUUGAUUUUACCUUCAACUUUGAUUCACCUGUAAAUGCUGAUGAUCUGUCUGUCUCAAUCAAAGCCAAUGUUUUUGGUAUCUGGAUUCCAUGGCCUGGUGCACCUAAACAAGUAUGUGGCCAAGGAAUCUCUUGUCCUCUUGUAGCUGGCAAAAGCUACACUUACCAGUCAGAAAUGACCAUUCCUGAUAUUGCCCCUUCUAUAACUGUUACAGUUCAAUACACCCUCAACAAUCCUGCUACCAGUGAAACCGUAUUCUGUAAUCGAUUCCGUGUCAAAGUUGCCUGAACAUCCAAAUAUCCUGUAAAUCCCAAGUUCGUACAAUUUGCUAGAUUAAAGCACUUUUCUGAUUGUCUAA